AUGAGUUCCAAACAGAAGGGGAAGAAGAAAGAAGAAGAAGAAAACGUUAAAGUGGUUCUUCAAAUAGACAUGCAUUGUGAUUGCAAGAAUUGUUUCAAAAGAAUUUCCAAGUGUACUCAAGAUUUGCAUGGUAUAAAGUCAAUGAAUAUAGAGGAAACUGAAAUGAAAUUCAAAGUCACAGUGACUGGUAAAGUGGAACCAUCAAAACUUCAACAGAAAUUUCAAAAGAAAUUGAAGAAACCAGUGGAAUUAAUUUCUCCAAAGCCAAAUAAAGAGAAAGAGAUUUCCAAAAAAAUCAUGCUGGAAAUCAACAUGGGGUGCGAUAAGUGUGUCGAAAACAUGCAAAAAAUCAUAACCAAAACCAAAGGGUUUCAAGGAAUAUUCAUCGAUAGGUCAAAGAACUUGGUGACAGUGGAUGGGGAAAUGGACAUUGAGUGUCUAGUGAAAGAACUGAAAGAGAAGCUGAAAAAAUCAGUCAAGAUUAUUCAGAAGGAGAAAAAAGAAGAAAAUGUCAAGCCAAUGUGCUGGUGUCCAAAUUUUCAUGGUUAUUACGGGUCACAAUAUUGUGAUUGCUUUGUUCUGGAAUGUAUUUGGUGUCCAAAAAUUCAUGGUUAUGGGCCAGAAUAUUGUGAUCGAUUUGUCUAUAGAGAAGCUGAAUACUGCAGAAUUAUGUGAGUUAAUUGCUGGGUUUAAGAAGAAGAAAAAAAGAAGGAAGUAAAAGAACUCUGAUUAGGAAUUUAAU